ACUCUCCUUUCCCUCUAAACUCUCUCUGUUUCUCUCUCUACAGUACCCCUUCCAAACUCAAAAACAAACAGAAAGUAAAAUGAUGGGUGCAAAAAAGCUAACGAAGCUCAAGUCUGCGCUCAAGAAAUUGCCCUCCUCCUUCACCAACCGCAACAACAACGAUUCUAAUUCUACCACGGGAGAAUCCGAAGCCACCGGGAAACUCCAUCCCGUCUACGUCGGGAAAUCUCGCCGGCCGUACCUUGUUAGCUCGGACGUAAUUGACCAUCCCCUGUUCCAAGUUCUGGUCGACAAAUCCAACGGCGGCUGUGAUGGAGGUAUUAUCAGCGUUGACUGCGAGGUAGUGCUGUUCGAUCAUUUGCUUUGGGUGUUGGAAAAUGCGGACUCGUAUCUGGUUUCUGUGGGCGAGCUGGUUGAGUUCUAUACUAGUACUUACUAGUAGUAAUUUUCUUAAGUUAGUACUCCAAUUGAAUUGACCGGCAUUGUAUCUGACUCCGUCAUUGUGUUAUACUAUCACUAUCAGGUUUCUGAUUCUGGA